UACUUUUCUGCGGAACAUAGAAGAAUACACAUUCGAACACAGGUAAUUUGGCGAAUAACGGGAAUCAGUCAUGGCAUUGGCAUGUCACCUUUAGCCUCGAGUCGAAUAUCAACAGUAAAGCAGUCCUUAGAGAAAAGUGCCCCUUCCCUCGUGUUUCGUGUCGCUCCCUGCGAACAGUACGGCGAACAAGUACAAGGAGGCAGAGGCACGGCACACUUGGACACCAUGUCGGAGGACAACAACGUGGACAAAUUUAUAAAGGAGACAUCCAUCCUAGAGGAGUACAACAUCAAUUGGACGCAGAAGCUGGGCGCGGGGAUCAGCGGACCUGUGAGAGUGUGUGUGAAGAAGUCCACGCAGGAGCGCCUAGCACUGAAGAUCCUCAUUGACCGGCCCAAGGCCCGCAAUGAGGUGCGACUCCACAUGAUGUGCGCGGCUCAUCCCAACAUUGUCCAGAUCAUGGAGGUGUACGCCAACAGCGUGCAGUUCCCCCACGAGUCCAGCCCCAGGGCAAGAUUGUUGAUUGUCAUGGAGAUGAUGGAGGGGGGUGAGCUGUUCCAUAGGAUAAGCCAGCACCGGCACUUCACAGAGAAGAUGGCCAGCCAGGUCACAAAACAGAUCAGCCAGGCACUGGAGCACUGUCACUCGCUGAACAUCGCACACAGAGACCUGAAGCCGGAGAACCUGCUGUUCAAGGACAACUCACUGGAUGCACCAGUAAAGUUGUGCGAUUUUGGAUUUGCCAAAAUUGACCAAGGUGACUUGAUGACCCCACAAUUCACUCCUUACUAUGUAGCACCUCAGGUACUGGAGGCACAAAGGCGACACCAGAAGGAGAAAUCUGGAAUAAUACCUACCUCACCCACUCCCUACACCUACAAUAAGAGCUGUGACCUGUGGUCCCUGGGCGUCAUCAUCUACGUGAUGCUGUGCGGCUACCCUCCCUUCUACUCCAAGCACCACAGCCGCACCAUCCCCAAGGACAUGCGCAAGAAGAUCAUGACGGGCAGCUUCGACUUCCCUGAGGACGAGUGGAGCCAGAUCUCCGAGAUGGCCAAGGACAUCGUCCGCAAGCUCCUGAAGGUGAAGCCGGAGGAGCGGCUGACGAUUGAGGGGGUGCUGGCUCACCCCUGGCUCAACUGCACCGAGGCCCUGGACAACGUGCUUCCAUCUGCACAGAUGAUGAUGGACAAGGCUGUGGUUGCGGGUAUCCAGCAGGCCCACGCGGAGCAGCUGGCCAACAUGCGGAUACAGGACCUCAACGUCAGCCUGAAACCCCUCAACUCUGUCAACAACCCCAUCCUGAGGAAGAGGAAGCUGCUGGGCACUAAGCCCAGCGACGGCUUCUUCAUCCAUGACCCGGAGAAUGGAGGACAGGACACCAACGUUGCCCUGGAGAAGCUGCGAGACGUCAUAGCACAGUGCAUCCUCCCACAGGCCGGAGAGAACGAGGAUGAGAAGCUGAACGAGGUGAUGCACGAGGCCUGGCGCUACAACCGCGACUGCAAGCUGCUGAGAGACGGCCUGCAGGGCCUCAGCUGGGACGGAAGGGCUUUCUCCGAAAAAGUGGAUCGCCUGAAGCUGGCAGAAAUAGUCAAACAGGCCAUAGAGGAGAAAACAAACUUCCAGGACUCUCAAUAGCAAGUGCUGUAUUUUUAUUUCAUUUUGUAUGAUUUAUUAUAUCUGUUCUUAAAAUGAUUAACUUGUAAAGAGUAAUUUUAUGUAAAUUUAAGUGCAGGACUUGAUGCAUCUUUUUCACGAACUCGCUUGCAGAACUAUUGUACAGCUGUAGAUAUAUUCGAAGAGGACUUGUUGGUACUGUACAUUUUUUACAAACGACCGUGAAGAACACAGAAGAACAAACAAAGCGUAUAUUUUCAUUUCGCCCAACAGAAGCGAAGAAAGUAAACCAAGUACCCAUCGGAAGGGAAUUCAGCCUUUGUACAAGCUGCUUGUCUGAGCUGCCUGUUGCAGUGUUUUUUUUUAUUUCAGUUGUUUUAAGUUUCUUUUAACAAUGCUAUUCAUUUUAUUUAUUUAAAAAAAAGAUUCCGUUAUUUUUUACUACAGUAGCCUCAGCCAGAUAUUUGAUAUUUAAAAUGAGGAAAAAUGAACAAAAAAAUGCCCCAUGCGCUGUAUUUUAGACCUCUUUUGUUUUAUUUUUAUUUUGUCAUGUUUUCCUCUAGAGGCCAGAGAGUUAUGUUCUGUGCUCAUUCUACCUGCAGUGUGUGUGGACUGGGAGGCAGGGUCAGGAGAUCUCAGAUUUUGAUUGGCUGGUGUUUUUUAGAGACUCAUCCUAGGGGCUCGAAAACCCCCAAGCCCUGUGUACUUCCAUUCUCCCAGGCCCGUAAACUGAAGGGGGUGAGAGAUCGUAAUGCCUGUCAUCCUCACUGGUGACACCAAGCUGUUUACAGGUUGUGUGCUGCAAUGCAGAAAACAUUUGAUUCGUAACUGAUAAUCAUAAUGUCUGCGAAUGACAUUUAUGCCUUUUUAAGCAUGACGACAAUAUCACCGCUUAUGGACUAGCAAAUCUAAUCUUGCUGGAGGCUGAGGAUGUAGAGCUUUCACUCGUACGUCUCAUGCAGUGUUUAGGAGGAAAGGUGACACUGAAGAGACGUGGCCCUCCCUCAGCUGGCUUCCCCAGGGCUACACCCUGACGGUAGAAUGAAUAAGAUGGCAAGAAAAGACAAAAACACUAAAAACAAAAUUGAAUCCAUUCUGGGCUGUUGCUUGCUCCAUUAUCUGAUGUAAAGAUUAUUCCUGAGUGUUGUAGCUACUUUUUGAAAUUUUUUGAAGUCUGGACUCUCUCCUCCUGUGGCCUUUGUUGGGGAUUGUUGUUGGUGGAGGCUGGAAGGUUUAUUAUAAUCAAAAACUCAAUCCAUUUUACAAAGACCACCCUUACUGCACCUGCUAACAUGUCAGCGCGAGUCAGACUUGUUGAGUUGUUAAGACUGCAUGCCCAGUUACUUGUCAAAACGGUGACUUCAGGAACAGACCUCUGGCCUCUGUGUGUGCCUGGCCCGUUAAUGGCUCUGGGUUGCUUCCCGCUCCAUGUGGAACAGUGCCUCAGCUCUCUGUCACCCUCAGGACCCUUAGCAAAGGGAGACAGGUGGUGAAGUAGUCACCGGCAGCAGUGCUGUGGCCAAUCGGAACUCUUCCUCGCCCCCUCCAUUGUUGUUCCCACACCUGCGCCACGCAUGUAAUCUUAGCUCAGGAUUGUCAUGGCAACAUGGCUUCAGCAACAAAAACAACAAGAAUGCUGGUGAAGAGUAGUGUCUCUCUCUUUUUUUUUCUCUGUCUUAUUCUCUCCUCCCCAUGUUCUUGGACGGACUCAAGCGAAGUGGUUAUUGCAUCCCGUGGCUGAGAAGUCUCGCCCGGGAAGAUUUUUUUUCUCAGAAAUAAUCAGCCGCGAUCACAGUUUCCGUAGCAAAGUGUCACCUCAAGCUUGAAAUGCUGGACCAGAAUGUUGGACAACAUUUCCCCUGGGAAGGUUGAUGUACAUCCAGCAGGGCUUGAGGUGAAAACCUAUUAUGGAGACUUAGCCUCCAAAGAUGUAAAAGGGUCCAGUAAUUUACUAACAUUGGUAAAUUGUUAGGUUAAGAAAGGUUAAGGUUAAGAAAGGGGUUAAAAUGGAAUGAAAAUUUAAAGCUCAUAAGGAUCACUGUCAGGAACCCUGAAUUUAAAGUGUCUUAAAGUGAAAUAUAAAUUCAAUCCUCUGUCUUCUCUGAUGGCUUUUAAAUUGGUUUCUUGUGAUCAGACAUGCCUGUUUGUGGCCAUUUAGGGCCACAGCAUUUCUGUUGCACACUUAAGUCAGUGGCGAAAGGGCUAUGGCUUGACCAAAAAUGCCUUGAUUGGAUAUAUAUACAUUUGAUGGUACUGACACUACUCCCACUCGUUUUAACAUACAGUACAUGUAGGCUUUUAUUAAACUUGUUUUCUCACUCCUGGAGCAGCACUUAAGUUACCAUUGAAGGUAUGUACCUCAAACAGUAUUUUUGUCCUCCACCCUCUCCCAAAAUGUCAUGAAUAUGCUGAAUAUUUGUAUUAAAGGAAUUCCUU